UCUUCUUAUUCUCACAGACCGAAAGGGUAGGGAGACCAGUGAGAGUGAGAUAUUGUUGUGACUUGUAUUUUCUGGAACUGAGAGAAUAGGUUACUGAGAAAUAUUGUUAGUUUGUUGAGAUUUAUAUUGAAAAUGGCUACUGUAUCGUCAGGAGUUAAAGAUGUAAAUGCUUAUCUAGCAGCUAAACAAACAGAUAAGGAACUUUCUAGUGAGUGGACUACACUAGAGGAACUGCACAACAAAAAAUUAUGGCAUCAGCUCACAUUAAAACUGAGAACCUUUGUGACUAACCCAGCCUUGCAAAAAGGAAACGAGCUUAUUGAGCUUUACCAGAACUUCAUCCAAGGAUUUGAAAACAAGAUUAAUCCAUUGGCUUUGGUUGAAAUCAUAGCUUUUAUAGUCCCAAAGUUCUCAGAUUAUAAGGAGGCAGUUGAUUUUCUUGAAGCAACAGAGCCUAAAGUGAAAAUCAACAGCGAAGCUGUUGCAUUGUGUAAAGUUCUUCAAGGACAGAUUUACUUAGAAAAACUUAAUGACCAAGCAGCAACCAAGAAAAUAAUAGAAGAUGUUGAAAAAAUCAUGGAUGAUGCUGAUGGCAUCACUUCAGUACAUGGCAGAUACUACUUGCUGGCCAGCCAGUACUAUAGACUACAGGGGAAACAUGCAGAGUAUUACCGUACAGCACUCAGAUAUCUGGGCUGUGUUGAGCUGGCAGACAUGAGCAAAAGUGAUCAAGUCCAACAUGCGCUCUUUUUGGGCUUGGCAGCUUUACUUGGCGAGGGUGUGUACAACUUGGGCGAGCUGUUGGCUCAUCCAAUACUCAACACUCUGAAAGCCACUCCAAAUGCUUGGCUUGUGGAUCUUCUGUUUGCAUUCAACACCGGUGAUAUUGCCACUUUCGAGAAGAUGAAACCGCAGUGGGAAACAGUGCCAGACCUUGCUGCCCAGGAGUUGAAGUUGAGGCAAAAGAUUUCUCUCCUAUGUUUGAUGGAGAUGACAUUCAAGAGGCCAGCCAACGACAGGGAGCUGAGCUUUGCGGAAAUUGCAAGAGAGACUCGACUACCAGUGGUGGAGGUAGAAUUGCUGGUGAUGAAAGCACUGGCACAGGGACUGGUGAAGGGCGCCAUAGACCAGGUGGCCAGCAGUGUACACAUGACCUGGGUUCAACCUAGAGUGCUCGAUGCCUCUCAGUUGUCGUCAAUGGUUAACAGGCUCAAUUUCUGGUGCAAAGAUGUCAAAUCCAUGGAGAUGUUGCUGGAAGAUAAAGGUCAUGAUUUUCUUACUCUUUAAUUUUGCAUUUUUUCAUUAAAAAAUCAGUUUUGUACCAAUAAAAAUUGUGUAUAAAUUAUAAUAAACUAUUAUUAACACA